CCUCCAUGGAUGUGGGAGCUACCCAAGUCAAAUAUAAGCAAAGCCAAUAGCCCCAGAUUACUGCAGCUAAGAAAAGACUUUGUCACAUCUUAGCAGUUGCAGUUACAUAAACCUUCUCCGGGCGUUCGGACCUGCCAUGUUCUCUACCUUAGGUACCCAAGGUAAGUUUGACGAUGCUGGCGGAGAAGUCGAGACGGACAUGAACUCCGUAGGAUCCACUGCCUUUAAAAUAGGUACCUAUAUUACGACUAUACGCACACUCUAGGAGUCUCGCUAUAUCGUUCGAAUAGAUGUGCAGGGGCUAAAAGACUAGAUCACGCGGGGCGCCUUCUUACGAACGCCUCGGAAAGAGGCUCUCUACGCUGAUGAUUCCUGUGGUGGUAGAGUUCUAACUUAUUUCCAAGUUCCCAACAAUACGCUCGGUCAUUUAUUAUUUAUAUGUUUCGAAAAACACCCAAUGGUUAUCUCAAUGGCACAAUCCAAAGGCCAUCUUUUCGUUGGCGGGAAAGUGUUCCUGCACGCCAAGAAACCGGGGCUCGAGACGGAGCCUCAAUUUGGGGAUGCAAUUUACAUACGCGACGGAAUCAUUGAGCACGUUGGUUUGGAGGAGGAUGACGCUAUUUCCCAGUCCCGAGCUGCCGGUGCUAUUAUACACAAUCUCAAUGGGCGAACCGUUCUGCCGGGCUUUAUUGAUGGCCACAUUCACUUGCUAAGACUAGGACAAUCACUGAGCAAAGUUGGGCUGGACCACUGUGAGAACUUGAACGAUAUUCGCAAGGCAAUCAAGGAUUAUGCAGUUGCAAAUCCUAACGAACCGCGUAUUCUCUGUAAAGGAUGGAUGAGAUAUAUGUCAAAACCUCUAGCAAGUCUAGUCGAUGACUUAGACCCUCGGCCUAUCUAUGUAGAUUCUAAGGAUCUUCACACAACCUGGUGUAGCACCUCUGCUCUUGAGGAAAUUGAUGCGAAGAACCUAGUGGAUCCUGAAGGAGGAAAAACCGAACGUGAUUCGGAUGGAAACCCUACGGGAGCUUUCGAAGAAGCCGCCGUCUUCACUAUUAUUUGGCCUUUCCUUGCAUCAGUUGCGACUAAGAACGAUCUCGAGGAUUGGAUCCGGGCUGCAGUACAGACAUACAAUAAGUCCGGUUAUACCGGGGCAAUAGACAUGGCGAUGGAAGAACAAACCUGGACUACUCUUCUCGAUAUACGCGAAGAACAGCGAGAACGACCAUUUCCAUUCCGGCUUGCGGCUUACUGGCUUAUAACGCCUUCAAGCUCGGAAGCCGACUGUCUUUCCCAGGUUGACCGGGCUAUCGAGGUACACAAGCAGCUCACCGCCGAGGAGUCGCCAGACCUCCACGUCGUCGGUAUCAAGGUCAUCUGUGACGGCAUCAUCGAUGCCUGCACCGCUUAUAUGUCCGAACCUUAUCUGAAAGGAGCUGACGCUACGAAACAUAUCACCGGCGAGCCAUUCUGGAACCCCGAGAUACUCAAUGCGGUUGUGCGCAAAGCUGAUGCCGCGGGUUUGCAGGUCGCGCUUCAUGCUAUCGGAGACGCUGCCAUUACCAUGGCUGUUGAUGCCCUGUCUACGUGCUCCCCGAAGAAUCGUCACCGCAUGGAACAUCUCGAGCUCGCAUCUGCUCGGGACGCCAAGCGCCUCGGAGAAUUUGAAAUCACCGCUUCGAUUCAGCCCGUUCACGCUGACCCAUGGAUCCUCCGGGCGUGGCCAGAUCUCCUAGGCCACCGCUGCGAGCGCGCUUUCCCUUAUCGUGAGUUCUCGGACGGCGGCGCACCGCUCGCUCUCGGCAGCGACAGUCCGACAUCACCGUGGGAUAUCAUGGGCAACGUCUACGUUGCGAGUACAAGGAAGUCUUACAGAAACACGCAGCACGAAAAUGUUGUCAACUACAACUUCCGCCUCGGCGUAUGCGAAUCCGUAGUAGCUGCGAGUUAUGGCUCGGCCAGAAGCGUGUUCUGGGAUGAACGUCUAGGCAGCCUAGAGCCGGGUAAGGUUGCGGAUUUUACGAUAUGGGAUAUGGACUGGGAUAAGGACAAGCUUCUUGGUGCUGCGGUAAAGGAAACGUGGUUUAAUGGUGAACAGGUAUGGGGCGCAGAGUAAGACAUAAAUAUAUCCUGAUUCGACCCAGAAGCUCAAUUCUUAGAACUCAGAUUAAUAAGUUCUUAAUAUGAUAUGAGUUGAAUAACCUGAUAACCCUUUCAUAUGUACCUACAUAUCAUAGUCGAUGGAUAUAUACAUGUAUAUGCGACCGCUAAUCAGC